CAUGCUGUUCCCUCGUGCAGUGCUCAGCGUCCUCGCUCUCGCGUCAUGCGCUUUUGCCCAUGAGAUGGCGGUUGAUGCUGUGAAAGAUGCUGAGCUUUACAAAUCGGGCAAGAUGCAUGAGAUGAUCAUGGCAAAGAAAUUCGUACGUCCCUAUUACAUCUUCGUUUUCUCUAAAGCCGCCGGCGCAUAUAAAUCAGAGCAGUACCCGGAACUCGGCUUCGUUCCAUGCAUAGACGGUCUCGCAACCGCCAUCAAAGGAGACGCAAACAACACCUUCCGAUGUGACAAUGUCGAUUUAUAUCAUUUCCUCAGUCACUCCGCUCUCGGUAGCACAACAGGCGAAGGCUCUUCCUCCUGGGGCUGGACAUCAGACGACGGCCGCGAGUUCAUUGCCUUCGGUCAGGCUGAUGGCGCGGCUUUCAUCGAGAUUUUGCCAGAGGGCAAGAUGAGCUAUCUCGGCCGUCUGCCGACGUACUCGGUCAAUGCGAUUUGGCGUGAGAUCAGGGCGUACAAGCACUACAUGGUCAUCGGUAGCGAAGCCCAGGGGCACAACAUCCAGAUUUUUGACAUGAAGAAGCUCUUGACUAUUGACCCUAAGAAGCCUGUUACAUUUGACAAAGAGAAAGACUGCACCGGUAUCUUCAAGGACUUGCCUUCCGGCCGUUCUCACACCGUCAGUAUCAACGAGGCUACUGGAUUCGCAUACGCCAACGGCGCCGCCCCUCGCACUUCCGCCUGCAAAGCUGGCCUCAUCGCCAUCGACCUCUCCGACCCAUCCAACCCAACAUCCCCAGGCUGCGCCUCCGAGGACGGCUACGUGCACGACGCCCAAUGCGUCGUCUAUAACGGCCCCGACACGGCGUACAACGGCCGCGAGAUCUGCUACGGCUACAACGAGGACACACUGACCAUCUACGACAUGACGGACAAAACCGCCCCCGCCAUCCUCUCCCGCACCUCGUACACGGGCGCCUCGUACACGCACCAAGGCUGGCUCCUCGACGCCACCUACCAAGAAUACCUCCUCAUGGACGACGAGUACGACGAGUACGACGGCGCCGCGCCCGCCGCCGACGGCCACCCGGUGACGUACAUCUGGAACAUCGCCAACCUGAGCGCGCCCGUGCAGACGGGCUACUACAAGUCCUCGGCCUACUCGAUCGACCACAACCAGUACAUCAAGGACGGGGUGUCGUAUCAAAGCAACUACGGUGCCGGGCUCCGGAUUUACGAUGUGAGUAGUAUUCCGCGGGAUCCGACGGGCGGGGGGGUGAAGGAGCUGGGGUUUUUCGAUGUGUAUCCUGAGGAUGAUGGGGAGGUGAAUGGGGGGGUGAUUGAUUUUGUGGGGAGCUGGAGUAGUUUUGCGUAUUUGAAGGAGUAUGUUUUCGUGAAUACGAUUGAGCGGGGGGCGUUUUUGGUGAAGAGGACUAGUACUUCUUCUGGAGGUAAUGGCACACGGAAGGGGUAGAGAGAGAGAGAGAGAGAGAGAGAGAGAGAGAGAGAGAGAUGGGGUGGGCAUAGGAAGGAUUAUGGGAAGCUUUGGAUGCAGGUACGUGGGAAGUGGCUAAAGUUUCGCGGUAAAUGUUAGAUAUAAAUUGCGUGGCUACUUCUCAGGGCCGUAGACUGCGUGCCGCAUAAACGCCCU